AUGACUGGGCUCCAACCGAAUGUCUUCGCCGCAAUCUCCAUCACCUGGGCCGCCGCGCUCACUGCGCUGGUGCUUCGGGUCGUCGCGCGACGCAUGACGAAAAUGGCCUGGUGGUUUGAUGACUACUUCUGCGUGUCAGCAUUUGUAUUUGCCAGCGGAUACAAUACCAUCCUGCUAAUAUGGACCAUUGACUGGGGGCUUGGCCAAUUCGUCGACCCGUCCCUCAGCGAAGCGCAGCGAGAACACCAGCUGCUGCAUUCAAGACUUCUCAUGUACUGUAGCCAAUUUUGCUAUGCCUUCUCGAUCGCGUCGUCAAAGUUCGCAAUACUGGGCCUCUACUGGCGCCUUUUCAAGCUAUCCUCCAUUCGAAUCCCCAUUCAGAUAAUGUUUGUGAUAUCGCUCAUUUGGAUCAUCCUGCGGACCUUUAUGGUAAUCUUCCACUGCAUCCCCGUCCAGGCCUACUGGGAUAAGUCAAUCAAGAAUGCUCGCUGCGAGAUCAAUGACGCCCAGUUCUUCUUCGGCACCGUCCUGACACACUUCGUCAUGGAUGUCAUUAUUCUCGUCUUGCCGACUAUUGAACUAAGCAGACUUCAUUUACCUCUUGGCCAGAAGCUUGCGGUUAUGGGCCUCUUCGUCAUCGGCUCCAUUGUGUGCCUCGCAUCGAUAUUCGUCAUUAUUGAGUCGGUUCGAUACGACGUCAAUACAACAGAAAUGUCACACGACGUUGCCUUGAAUUUCAUGUGGGGAGCAGUUGAGCUCAAUAUCGCAAUCGUCUCCGCUUGCUUCCCUUUGCUUCGGCCGAUCUUUCGCCGCAUCCUUCCCCGGUCAUUCCUGAGCUCCUACGGCAGAAGCCACCCAAAAAGCCGACCUAUCAACACCAUCAGGUUGACUACCAUCGCAAGGAGCGAGGGAAAGGACAGCGAAGAAUCAGGCUCAAGUCAUCAAUUGGCUGAUACGGAGCGUGGCCUAUCGAGAACCACCAACGUUGAACAGACUUCAGAAGGACACCAAGUCGUCACUCCCAUCCAAUUACCCAGCUCACGCCAAACUGGAAGUGGAGAAAUGGGGGCCAUCUACGUUAUAAAUGAUAUGGCGAUACAGGUGCAGGAAGUGAAACACCCGACCUCUCCAUUAUGA